CUUCUUUUUCUCCCAAGAAAUUACAUUCAACAACUUGUGUCCCAUGGAGUCCUGUGCACGAAUGAAUUGUGUCCUGAAAGUGGAUCUCAACUGCGAGACAUGCAGGAUGAAGGUGAUGAAAGUGAUGCAGGCUCUCUGUGGAGAUUAUUCUGUGUCCCUAGAUGGAGAAAAAGGAAUGGUGAAUAUUUCAGGCAGGGUAAUUAAUCCAAGCAUGGUUUUGAGGGUAUUUGACCAAUACAACAAACAUGGAGAGGUGCCAAGUGUAAAGUUUAAUGAUGAGAGGCCGGGGCCUUAUCACUAUCCUCAUGGAGUAUAUGGUUGUUCAUCAUAUCCACUAAUGGGAGGACCAGAACUUCCAUGGUUUGGUGGUAGCAGCUACCACCACAUUCCGCCACCAGCACUGCCAAUACAUCCACCACCUCCACCAUAUCUCAUGGCUCCACCACUGGGUGCACCUCCAGGGCAGUUGAACCCUGACUAUUGUACCAUGAUGUGAAGUGACAAAGUAGGCCUUGAUUUUACUUCAGGUUUCUUACUUUGCUACUCUCUUGUCUCCCUGAUUUUUUUGCAGGGGUGAAUGUUGAGAAUUUUCUGUUUCUGAGCUUAGCCUUUGUCAGUAAUUACUAAUUGUUAAACACUGAUUUUGGGAUAAAGAUCAAAGGUUUAA